UUGUGUGUAGGAGCUAGAGGGCCGGCGAUGGGGUUCACGAGCAGCAGCAAGCGGUGGUUGACUGAAGGAUACAAGAAGGUGGUGGCCGGCGCCGGUGGCGUGUUGAACCCAAAGCAGAAGAGGUUUGGGGUGCUGGAAGGUCACCCAGUGGGUCAAGAUCAUGCUCAACAAGCCGUACAGUCACAUGAAACCCUAAAAGAUAACAUCAAAGCUCUCAAAAAGGAAUUCAAGAUCUACAGAUGGAACCCUGAUCAUCCUUCGCAAAAACCCUUCCUCAAAUCCUACUUUCUUGAUCUCACCACUUGUGGCCCCAUGGUUUUGGAUGCACUGCAGAAAAUAAAGUCAGAAGAUGAUUCAACAUUGAGCUAUAGGAGAUCAUGCAGAGAAGGAAUAUGUGGGUCUUGUGCCAUGAACAUUGAUGGGACUAACACAGUUGCAUGCCUUAAGCCAAUUGAUACAGACACCAGUAAGGCCACAUAUGUCACUCCUUUGCCACAUAUGUAUGUCAUCAAAGAUCUUGUUGUUGAUCUCACCAAUUUUUACCACCAGUACAAUUCAAUUGAACCAUGGUUGAAGACAAAGAAGGGUCCACCAGAUGGAAGAGAAUACAGGCAAACACCUGCAGAAAGAAAGAAACUAGAUGGUUUAUAUGAGUGCAUAUUGUGUGCCUGUUGUAGUACAUCUUGCCCGUCUUAUUGGUGGAACCCAGAGGAGUUUGAUGGACCUGCAGCCUUGCUUCAUGCUCAUCGUUGGAUAUCCGAUAGCCGCGACGACUACACGGAGGAGAGAUUGGAGGCAUUAACGGAGAAUGACAAACGUUUAUAUCGAUGUAGAAUUAUAAAGAAUUGUACAGCCACAUGCCCCAAAAGCCUAAACCCUGCUCUAGCUAUUCGUCAAAUGGAAGCCAUGAAGUCCAGGAAUCGAUUUUAAUUCUUCUUGUGUGGCAGGGUGGGCAUGAUCUUGUGACGUGAAAGUGGUUUUAGAUCUUGGUGUCGUUAAUUAUUUGAGAAAUUCCCGGUGAACUUUAUAGUGGUAGUCGUCGUGUAUAUACGAACCAAGCCUUUUUGCUUAUGCCUUAUGAUCAGAGGUAGAUGGUUUUUCUUCGUUAUUACUAGUUCUUGGAGCAAUGUUGGUGGCUUAAUCGUCUUUUGGGCAUUUGGUUCGCCUCAUACGACUCCAAGCUAUUUGUGGUUUAAAUUCUAAGAUGUCGGGUUUAGUCGGUUUGUGGAAUUAUUUGGUGUGUGUAAGUUGACCUGAAAACUUACGGUUAUCAAAAGAAAAAGAAGGGAAAUUGACUCAAAAUGAUCAUAUUUCAUAACCAAAUUAAUGUUCUAACCAUUUCUCUCUAGAUUUUACUCAAAAAUCACUAAAUCCGUAAAACGAC